CGCACACACCUGUGUACACACCCGCCGCGAGCCUGUAGAUCCAAGAUUUACCGAAUCGCCUUCACAGCUUCACUGUCCGGGAGAAGAAAUCACGAGACCACCGCGGGCGCGACCACGGUAGGAGCUCAGCGCCAUGUCGGCGCUGUUCAACUUCAACUCCUUCCUCAUCGUGGUGCUGCUCGUGAUCUGCACCUGCACCUACGUCAAGAUGCAGUUCCCUGCCAUCCUCAACGACCGCACCGGAUUCCGUGGUUUCUUCUGGAAAGCCGCCAGAAUAGGUGAACGAUUGAGUCCUUGGGUAGCAUUUGGGUGCUUCGCUAUGGGGGUAUCCACAAUCUUCUUCUGAAGGCUAAAGCAAUCAUCUCCCAGAUUUUGAUCUAGGUUGCAGAAGUUGUCUCAGAAGAACUAUGUCACAUUGCAUUCAUGUCCAUAUUUUAGAGAAGCAUUUUGCUUCAGUUUAACUGGGGGGAUAGCUGUUGUUGCAAGCGCUGCAUGUAACUACCAAACAUCAGUCAGGUCUGUACCCCUGUUGGGAAGACAGAAACGUGAUUGUACUGGUUUAUGCCUUGAAGAUAGUGCUACUUGUAAAGCAUUUAGCAAGAGCGCAUGAUGGAUCAUAUUACUUGAAAUUCUUUGGACCAUGCUAACCCAGUUUCACUUUUCUUGA